CGAUUCACACUAAAGAGGUAAAAUCUGCUUUUUCUACUAUCACAGAUUCUUCUUCUACUCAACUUCCUUUGUCUUCUAAGAGAAAUGUCUAGCGGCGACUCAACGAUGAACACGGCCAGGGAGAUCGCCGGUGACAAGGUUGAUUCGAAGGAUGUUGAGGCAACAACAACAAAAGGAGAUAUCGAGUCCCAGAUUCUCGCGGCUAUGCAGUCCCGAGUAACCUACCUCAGAGAUAAAGCAGACAGCCUCACCUGUGAGAGUGUGCGGAGGUUGCUGGAGGAGGAUCUGAAAUUGGAGAAACAUGCUUUGGAUGUGCAUAAGAGCUUUGUUAAACAACAUUUGGUUCAGUGCUUAGAAGGUGCUGAGAAUGAUGAUACUUCAGAAAAUUCUCAAGAAACUGAGAAGAAAGAUGAUGUAACUCCAUUGAAAGAGGCAGCAAAGUUAUCGGAAGAGCACAAGGUGAAAAAAGAUGUCAAGGCAGAUAUGACUGGUGAUGAUGACAAAACAGAAGAUUCUCCUGUGAUGGGACUUCUGACAGAUGACAACACGUCCAAAUCUAUAGCUGAGCAAACAAAAGAUGAGGAGAGCAAAGANGCGUCUCAACAAGACUGCCAAAAACCGGCUUAUACUGCCGUAGCCAUUUCCGGAAACUUCUCCUCUUUACACUAUGAUUAA